UUGUUCUUCCUAUCUGUCGAUUCGAAUUUCCCAGUUGAUAUUUUUACCAAGUUCAUAAUUUCUGGUAGAUUUGUAGUCAAGUCAAGUAGCGAAGUCAGCAACCGCAAUCAUGGUCAACAACUACCUCUUCAUCAUUCCUAUCGUCGUUGCAAUUAUUGCUGUCGCUUUUGGCAUUGCAUAUCAAACUGGAGCUCUCAAUCCGAUCUUUGAGAAGAUUGGAGUGUAUUAUUUCAAGGCUGAAGCAAAGGCUGAGGAGAAGAAGAUGGAGGCUCAGGGUUUGAAGGAGGGUGAGGAUUUCUUAAAGGGGGAGAUCAGUGGCAACCAAAAGGCCAACAUGCUCAAUGAGAAUCUGGGGGAUAUGGGGAACAUCAGGAAAGGGUUGCUAUAAACGUGUUACAGGGACAAGUAUGAUGGGGCCAGGAGAUGGGAAUUUGUAUCAGAUGAAACUCCGAGUUUAGGGGGGACGAACGACAUAUCGGCAGUUCAAACUCAGCCGAGCGACACGGAAAGCUGCAAUGAUGAGACCAGGAAACAGUUUCGUGUAUUAUUGGACUUCUUAUGUUUGUACGAGUACAUAGAAACUAUGGGAUUCAAGGGCUGCAGAAAACGAACUGGGAACGCAAGGGAAACAAAAAGGAGUUCUGAACGAUGUCACUUAACCUGAAUACGGAUUUUGUCGCGAA